ACCUUAACGCAACUCCGUUCAUAAUUAGUCGUAAUCCCUACAACCAAUACCAAUAUUAUUGAUAUUAUUAAAAAUGUAUGUUUCUAACAGCGAGCCAACUCGGCUACCGUCUUAUAAGCGAAACAGUCCAUGUCUAUCUUAUGAAGUAGAGCUUGCGAACUCAUUAUUGAGCCGAGUUCAAGUAGAGCUCAAAACAAACACUAGUCAAGGUUUGAAUAAAUGAGCCGAACUUGAACUCGAUCGGAUUCAGUUCCUUUAUUAAUGAGGCAAGCUCGAGUUCAACUUGUUAAAUAAUGAGUUGAAACUAAACUUGAAUGUGCUCAAUUAUAGUUCUAAUCAUGCCCUAUACAUAGAAACAAUUGGCGCUACUCGUUUAAUAAUGAGUCGAGUCCAAAACAUACUCAACUCAUUUAUAGGCUUAAUUAUGCCUUAGACACAGAGGCCAUUGACACUAAUUAUGUAAUGCUCCCUAACUAUGAUACCACACCAUCGUAGUCUUGUACAAAUUUUACUAAUGGCCCAAAACUAUUUAACUUUAUUGACAAAGACCAGCAACCUUCUAAUAAUUAUUAUUCGAGAAAACAAGGAUUAGUGGAAAUCGCAUAGGGUUCCAUUCGAUUCACUUAACUGUUUCCCCACUAUGAGACCCUAUUUUCUCAUACAGAAAACACAAGAGCCAUGCAACGUUGCUGUCUACAACUGAUUGAAGAAACUUUUUCUUAUAAAAAGGUAGAAAAAUCAAGCAGCCAACAACUCCCAAUAACCCCCAUUACUUAAAUAUUUAACACAGAAUCCUGAUCGUGAGUAAUGGGUCGCGAAAAAGACAAGCAAAUCAGGUGAAAAUGGGAGACAGCAAAGUUCGAAAAGUAUUUCUUUCCUACAAAAUAUUUCUAUCUUGGAUAGUUAUUGGAUAAUAUGAUCCAAUAAUCAUGAUUUAUAUAUUAAGAAAAAAUUCCAGAAUAUACUAAUUAUUAAAAAAAAUUCCUAAAAUACAGUAGUUAUAAAAAUAUUUUUCAAAAUACAGCAGUUUGAUAAUCACCGCCAUAGACCAAGACAGUGAUGAUAAUCGCCGUCGUUGUCAACAACGGUGAAUAAGUCACCGUUGUCGUCUAAGACAGUGAAACACUCACUGUUGUCGACAAAAACGGUGAUAAGAUCACCGCAGUAGAGAAUAAUGGGGAAAACCAAGACCGUUAAAGAGGAGAACGGUGAGAGGACGCGGAUCGCUAACGUGGAUAAUCUCGGGCUAUUCACCGCUGUAAACAAAUGCGGGGAAAGCCCCGCUGUCCACGUUAGCGAUCCCUGUCGAGAUGCCCCAUUCACCGUUAACGUCCGAUGUGGUGAAGCGCAGAUUCUGGUUUUUCUCCUAGAUCGAUCCGACGCUUCACAGCUCGCCACGCCAGCGAUCCAGACGCUUCCCCAUCUUCGAGAAAAGCGGGCACUUCACCGCAUUUGAAGAGAGCGGUGAUUGCUCUCUAAAUUUCCAGUGCCACUUCCCCCUAUAAAUAGCACUCUUCCCUCCUCAUUCCAAACCACAUCACCAUUUUAUACUUCUUCCUCCCUACAUUCCUUCACUCUAGUUUCGUUCUAAGUAUGCUCUAUGGUUGCGGCUAAGUAUGAUCUUCCAUAGGGAUGGCAAAAAUAUCCGUAAUCGUGGAUAUCCACCCGAAUCCGACCUAAUCGGGUAGGGUAAAACCCGAGCCCGAAGCAUUUUUUGUGGGUACGGGUAAAACCCGAACCCGAAUAUUGCGGGUAAUGGGUGGGCAUGGUUAUCUCACUAUCCAACCCGAACCCGCCCGAUUAUACACAUGGAUAUGUAUUUUGUUUAGAAAUAAUCAUUAUGUUUCUCUAGAAUAUUUUAUAUUUAGCAUAUAAAUAUAAUAUUUUCAUGAAAUUAUGUUGUUUUAAUUAAUUUUCGUCAUUCUAGUGAAUUAUUGUCGUACUUUUCCUCUUACGUAAUGUGAAUAUACGUGUGAAUGUUAACAUAUUGGUUGGAAUAAUAAGGAGAAAUUAUUACCCAUGGAUAACCGUGGAUACCCGAAACCCGAACGGGUAUGGGCAUGGUUUUAAUUUUCUAUUCAUUUCUUGUGUGAGUAUGGGUAUGGGUAAAACCCGAACUACAUUGGAUAGGGUAAUGAAUAUGCACUAUCUGCCCCCGACCCGACCCAUUGCCAUCCCUAAUCUUCCAUAUCAGAAACAAUUACAAGAGUUUUUUUUGUUUACAAUCUUUUGCUCUAAAGUUCCGUCGAUACUCUCUCCAGCUUUCGCCAAAAAAUGGAUGAAGAGGCUCUAAGAGUACUUAGUUUUUUUUUCUUUUGUGAUAUUAUUUUAAAUGGGUUUGAAAUAAUCUGAUUUCAUUUCA